AUGGUAAAACUUUUAAUUAAAGUUUUACCCAUCGAAAUCAAUAAAAUGAUUAAAAAUAAGAAUGGUUUUAAAGCUGAAAAUAUUAAAGACUUAGAAGCUCAGAAGAUGGGCAUUGAUAAUUUAACAGAGAUCACAGACAAUCUUAAAGGUAAUAUUUAUAUUGAAAAUAUUAUAACUAGUUUGUUUAAAUAG